GAUACUGGAUUAAACUUAGGCUGGGUUACUAUUGGAGAAUUUCGUUAGGCUGAUUUCUAGAAAGCGUAGGGUGUCAAAAUCCAAUUUCGAAGAAAGGAAAAUAUCGGAAAACGAAUUCUGAUUGAAACAUGUUAUUACAUUCGUUUACAUACCGAAGCAAAUGUCGGACGAUUUCUCUAACGUGAAUGCGUUUAAGAAAAUACUUUUUCAAUUCAAACUAUUUCAAACGUCGCAGUUAUAUUGCGAGCGACAUAACCUAUUUAUUCUGAGAUCUUACAUGUACAAUACCGAUUAAUAUAAUCUUAUAUUUAUUACACACAGAUUUUCUUUAACACAUAUAUCAGUACAUUAUUUUUUAAAUAAAAUGAGGUUCAAAAUCCAAAAAUGUUUUGAGCAAUUGUGUAAGUUACGAUAUUCCCGACUACACACAUUGUCCGCAGAGGUAUCAGGAAGAACCAUAACCGGCACAAAGUUAUGCAUGCCUGAACCAGAAUACAAUACAGACUUUUUAUGCAAUCCUGCAAAUCGUGAUAUUAUUUUAAACAAUAUUAAAAAGAGAAAGGGUGUCGGAGAUAUCGACAAAGUCCUCGAAUAUUCGGGCAAACCCGACAAGCGAGAAUUAUUUCUACAGGAACUGAGCAAAAUACCAAACUGCAGUCAUCCGGCAAUACUGGACUACGAUGAGCCAAAACUGCUGAAGGAAUGUGGCAAGAAGGCAGAAUAUGAUUUCGAGCCGAAAGAGUUCACCGAACUCGUUACGGAUCUAAAAGCAAUCAGAUCAGAGAAACUGGGUCCCAUUGCUGGACAGAGGAGUUACGUACUCCUGGGAGAUUUGGCAGAAUUGGAAGAGGCAUUGGUUCGGUACACAGUCAGGAAACUGAUGAGGCACGGAUUCAAGCUGCUGUCGGUUCCCGAUAUUAUACCUACUCAGAUUAUCGAGAGAUGCGGUUUGAUAACGAACGGUGAUCGAACCCUUGUAUAUAAUCUGGAUCCUUGUUACGGUGACGACUACAGCUUGUCAGGAACUGCAGAAAUGUCAUUAGCUGGCAAACUGAUGAACAGCACAUUGUCGUACGAUGAACUACCGCUGAAACUAGCCGCUGUAAGUCGGUGCUAUCGUGCAGAGUGUUCAAGUAUACAGGAUGAAAGAGGAAUCUAUAGAGUUCAUCAGUUUACAAAAGUGGAAAUGUUUGUUUGUUCUGAGCCCUGCUACUCUGAGAAGGUGUAUCAGGAUCUUCAAGACAUACAAGAGGAAUUGUUCUCUUCGUUAGGAUUGCAUUUCCAAGUAAUCGACAUGCCUCCGUUUGAAUUGGGUGCACCAGCUUAUAGGAAAUGUGACGUAGAAGGCUGGAUGCCUGGACGAAAAUUGUACGGUGAAUUGUCCAGUUGUAGCAAUUGCACGGAUUAUCAGUCAAGAUGUCUUAAUAUAAAAUACAGGACAAAAGAUGGAGAUGUGGUUCACGUGCACACACUAAACGGUACCGCAUGUGCGAUACCUCGCAUGUUGAUCGCGUUGUGCGAGACGUAUCAAACGAAACAUCACCGUAUCAUCGUGCCAGAACAGCUAGUAUCUCUGAUGAAGGGUAAAACGCUCAUCAAGAAGCAAUCGGUAGCAAGCAUGAGAAGUUACAAGUAUAAACAAAAACUCUAUUAAAUACCUGGACAAUGUAUUAAAUGUAUAAUAAUUAAAUCAAAUUAUCAUUGUUAU